AGGUAAGAGGCGACGGGGGUUGAAUUUAGAUAGCGCCAAGUGUUAUCCACGGUUCUGGGGAAGAAACACUUUGGAAACUGUGACGCCUAGCGGCUGAGUUUACCAGUGCAAUUAAUCCAAUCCAUCAGUUUGGCUUAUUAGCGUAACUCUUUAAUCAAUGUAAGUAAUUACGUUGAUUCACAUAGCAAAGCAAUACGUACCAUUGUGGAUCAUAACCACCAUUCCGUUCUGUGUCUUAUUGCUUUCCAAUUGACUCAUUUCUUGCAAAUAUGUUCCUAAAUUAAUGAUUAUUGCGCGUUAUUUUGGCGUUCCGUUAUGCAUUCUGAGUUGUUUUCUUGGGAAAGUAAUGUAUUUAGCCUGUAACAUUGUAACUCUGACUUGGUUGUUGGUUCAAAAGAAAUGCCUCCGAAAAAGCUUUCACUUGCCCUCCUCUCUUGUGAGAAAGUUCUGUAUGAAAAGUCCCGGUGUCUCGACCAAUAAGAAACGUGCCUUUGUUUCUCUGUCCCCGCCCCUGAGAGAAGCGGAGCAGAGGAGACAGUGUGGAUAGUUUUAGCAGAGCCUUCAUGGAGUUUUACUUUUCCUCUAUUUUAUUUUCCAUUUAUAAUAAGACUGUCAUGAUUACUUCUAAACUUCCCACCGCCCUAUUUCUCAAACGGAAGUGUUUACCGAUGGCCUGAUACCGUCGUUUUCACGAAACUAUGGAUGAGUUAAGGUAAAUAAGUACUGUUACUUUUUACAUCCCCGGACCCCGCGGAUCCCUCUCACAAUGGAAUCCAGACAGAGGAAACGUUGCGGAGGGUGGCCUGGGCUAGGGCUAUGGUUUUCCCUCGCGUGCCUUACGGGCGCAACCGCCCAGCUCAGCUACUGGGUGUCAGAGGAGCUCAGACCGGGAGCUGUGGUUGCGAAUAUUGCAAAGGAUUUGGGUCUUGCUGUUCAAAUGAUAAUUCAGAGGAAAUUGCGUGUGGUCUCGGAUUCUAACACGCAGCACUUCGAGGUAAACGAGGCAAAUGGGGAUUUUGUUAUUAGACAGACAAUUGACAGGGAACACAUGUGCGAAUUAAGUUUAACAUGUUCGCUGCAUCUUCAGAUUGUACUUGAGUACCCAUUAGAAAUACAUCGGGUUGUUGUAAAUAUUGUGGAUGUGAAUGACAAUGCGCCGCAAUUUUCAACUAAGAACAUUUCCUUGGAGAUAUCAGAAGCAGCGGCGCCGGGCACCCGGUUCCGACUGGACAGUGCUCAUGACCCAGAUGUGGGUAUCAACUCUCUGCGCACUUAUCUCCUUGCACCCAACGACUGCUUUGUUUUGAAUGUGGAAAUUAAAACUGACGGGAGUAAAUUUCCGGAGUUAGUUUUGGAGAAGGCUUUGGAUAGGGAGACGCAGGCCUCUUUUCGUCUGUUGCUCACUGCCGUGGACGGGGGGCAGCCUGAGAAGUCUGGCUCUACUAUUCUACUCAUAAAAAUUAUGGACGUCAAUGACAAUGCUCCCGUAUUUGACGAGCCGUUGAAAAAAGUGAGUGUGUUUGAGAAUGUUGAACCGGGCACUUUAGUGACAAAACUGAACGCGACCGACGCGGAUUACGAUCAGAACGGGGAGAUCUCCUUCCUGUUUAGUAAAUACACACCCGACCGGGUGCUCAAGCUCUUCAGCGUGGAUUCUAAAACCGGUGAGAUCCGUGUGAAUGGUCACGUAGAUUAUGAGACCGCGAAUGUAUAUCACAUCACCGUGCAGGCCAGGGAUGGGGGCACCCCUGCCAUGGAGGGGUCCUGUAACAUAAUAGUUGACAUCACUGACGUGAAUGACAACUCACCGGAAGUGACAUUGACGUCACUGACCAGUCCAAUCCGAGAGGACUCUGCACAGGGGACAGUCAUCGCCCUGAUUAGCGCACGGGACCUGGACUCUGGUAAGAAUGGAGAGGUGACCCUGAAGGUCCAGUCUGGACUGCCAUUCAAACUCAACUCCGCCUUUGGAGAGCACUACAACCUCAUCACCGAUGGCAACCUGGAUCGAGAGACCAUGGCAGAAUACACAGUGGUCAUCAUGGCAACCGACGCAGGCUCCCCUCCCCUGUCGUCACGCACAACCUUUGUGGUCAAGCUAUCGGACGUGAACGACAACGCCCCUUCUUUCUCCCAGCCCUCCUAUUCGGUGGAUGUCCCAGAGAACAACACCCCCAGCUCACCCAUCGCCAUGGUGACGGCCUCGGACCCCGACUCAGGCGACAACGCCCGGGUCUCCUUCUCCAUCCUGCCCAGCCUGAUCCACGGGUCGCCCGUCUCCUCCUACGUCUACAUUAACCCGGAGAGCGGGCAGAUCUACACCAUGCGUUCUCUGGAUCACGAGACCCUCAAGGCCUUUCGCAUCGAGGUGCAGGCCCGGGACGCCGGGGUCCCCCCGCAGACCUCCAACGUCACAGUGCACGUGUUCGUGGUGGAUCUCAACGACAACGCCCCCGUGGUGGUGUACCCGCCGUUCCCCCAGGACACCGGGCUGCAGAUCAGCGUGCCCCAGUCCACCGGGCCCGGUCAACUCAUCACCAAGCUGGUCGGGGUGGACCCAGACAGCGGCCAUAACGCCUGGCUGUUCUACUCCAUCCAGCCCGGGCCGCAUGCUGGGCUGUUCCGCAUCACCCCACACACCGGCGAGCUCCGCGCAGCCCGCAAGCUUGCCGAGGAGGAGGGCGGCUCCGCCUUUGACAUCACCGUGGUGGUCCAGGACAACGGGGAACCCCGUCUCUCCACCACCGUGGCCGUUACGGUAACCGUGGAGGAGAAGGGCGCCGGCGACAUCGCCGCAGACAACCGUAAGACUUCGGUAAUACCACGCACCGGGAUGUCUGACAUCACACUGUACCUCAUCAUCUCCCUGGCCUGCGUCUCAGCCUUGUCCUUCCUCACCUUCCUCAUCCUCAUCGUGCGAUGCCUGCGCCAGCGUAGUGUCUACGGGGGGUCAGGCUGCUGUUACAGCCGCCACCGGCCAACCAGGCCUUAUCACCAGAGACCCAGUAAGGACCUCCACCUGCAGCUCAACACCGAUGGACCCAUUCGCUAUAUGGAGGUGGUGGGGGGAGCCCAGGACCCCCCGGGGACACGGACCUACAGACCCUGCUACUCCACCAUCUCUAGCCGCAGUGACUUUGUGUUUGUCAAGACACCCAUGAUGAGUCACAACAACACACUCAGCAUGACGCUAAACAGGAAGCACCUAAUGAACUCAGCCAAUGAGCAAAAGCCUCCUAACACAGACUGGCGCUUUAACCAGGGCCAGAGACCUGGACCCAGUGGUCCCUACCAUUACCAUGGGGAUCACAUAAGAUGGACGUCGAAGCGAGGCAUAAGAGCUGGAGGUCCCCCUGAGAUGACCAUGGGAACUGGACCCUGGCCCAACCCCCCCACUGAGGCUGAGCAGCUCCAAGCCCUGAUGGCAGCAGCCAACGAAGUGAGCGAGGCGACCGCCACCCUGGGGCCGGGCACCAUGGGUCUCAGCACCCGCUACAGCCCCCAGUUCACCCUGCAGCACGUUCCCGACUACCGGCAGAACGUCUACAUCCCCGGCAGCACCGCCACCCUGACCUCCAACCCCCAGCAGCAACAGCAGCAGCAGCAGCAGCAGCAGCAGAUGGCAGCCCAACAGCAGGCCCUGCAGGCCCCGCCCGAGGCCUCCAGCCAGCCGGAAGCCCCCAAGGCCGCCCAGACCCCCGCCUCCAAGAAGAAGUCCACCAAGAAGGAGAAGAAGUAGAACGGCUCGGAAAAAACGACGGGAUUGCGGAGAAUACAACUAAAGCUGAAAUUCAACUCCCCUCGCCCCCCACGUCGCCACCUAAAGCCUUCACUCCGGUCUGAGCUAUUGUAUUGGUCGCGCUCAUAUGAUAAUGCGAUGUUUUGAGAUUUUCUUUUUUGGAAGAAGGAUCUUGCAUCUGGAAUGUGUUGAGGGUUUCAGUCUGAACAGUGUGGACAUUUUGUUUUCCUUCUGAGGCGGACUAGAAAGGGUUGUUUUUGGAAAGCCUCUGUUCUACUCAGCAGAGAGGUUAUUACUGGUAUAUGCUGUUAGGGAGGACUGGGGGGCUAAGGAGUGUUGGGUUUCAGUUCAAGUUGAUGAAUUUUGGAUGCACCUCAGACACUAGAUUGAGUGUUAAAAAAAAAAAAAAUGGCUGGGAUAACCACGUUUUGUCCGGUGAUUCACAGGUGGAAAUUUUAACAAUGUUCCCUAGGAUGUUUUGGGUUGGAUUUACAAUUCCUCAUUUUCCUGAGAAGGAAAGUGGAUCCUUGUUGACUGUACUAGAUUGCCUUGAUCAGAUUCCUCUAUAGGAGCAGCCUUAUAGGAUCCAUGGCAGCUCUGAGGAACUCAAGGGUAUUAACUCCACUGCUAGUAUUUCACAACUCUGCAUGUUGCUAUAGGCUCAAACCACAGACCUAAAAGAUCUAACUAUGCAUUUCAUUAGAGUUGCAAAGAGGAAAGCCGCUUUAUGACUCCUCGCCUAAAAAGAACAGUAAAAAAAAGUUGGACAAAUGCACACAUAGCAUUUACUUGACGCAAUAGCUAAAAUAACAAAUAUUAUUUCUUAAGCAUAGUCAUAUAGUAAGAUUUACAUUCACGUUGAUGUCAUGAUCUGAGCAGGAAGCCUAUUAAUGUAAGGACAUGGGAAGCUCUUCUGCCCCCUGACAUCAGCCCUAUUGGCUGGUUAGGAGGGUGGUUAUUGGCUUUUAAAACUCCCCAGAUGGGCACUGAGACCACCUGCUGUUCACCCCUGUCCCCUUCUUUUAUGGUUUGAGGGCCAAACCAUGAGAGCCACUGGUCAUGCUAAGGCGGCAUGUAGGCUAAGCAUCCAUUCAGAGUUGGCGACAAGUAGAGAUGUUUAAUUUGUUAGAGGUGGGACACUGGGUUGGCAAACAGGUUGUAGAUUAAGUAUUCACCCUUUGCUGCCCUGAAAUGCUGAUCAUUUUAUGUCUCGAUGUGAGAAGAUAACUGUUUCAGAUGACUCACUAGCGUAACAGUUGUUAAGUACACAUGAAGUAUGAAGUCUUUCCUUUGCCACCAGUCCGACCGCUGCCUGGACACCACUACAUGGAAAGGCAGCUUGCAGGUGGGUUUUUACAGGGAGUGGAGAGGGGUCGGGUCAGGGGUGUGACUUUUGGGUUGGUACCAUCAGAUUGAGGAGAGGGGUGGGGCAAUGGCCUUGGCUCUACUCACUGAAUGUACAGAGGCACCACUGUUGACCCCCCCCCAACCCCCUGUAAUGCACUGACCCAGAUUAGAGGUCGACAAAGCCGAGCACAUCCAUCCAUGUCAUAGGAGGAGAUACCACUUCAGAAGCAGGAGGGGCGACAGAUCUUGCUAGCUACUUGCUGUCUUUCCCCUCAAUGUACAUCCUCAAAACUCAACCCUUGGCUCCAACCCUCCAGUCCCUGGUCCUGUGAAGGCUCUUCCCAACUGUAAAUAAACACGAGUCCACGGUAUGAGCCCAGUUGUUUGUAUAGUAUGGACCACGUCCAGGAUUUUCAAAUUAAAAGUCCCCCUCUCUCCACAAGACGUGGCUUACUACUGGAAUGUGUUGCA